UGACACCAAAGAACUACACGAAGAGAUCACGGCCCUAAAACUACGAAUAAAUCAACUAGAGCAAGCAUUAGCAGAACUUCAAGCACAGCUCACUCCUGAACCUCACCCAUUACUCGCCCAGUCCUUGAAGGCAGUAACAGAAAGCUUACAAUCAGACCAUGGGACAUCCAAAAUAACCAUAUCAGAAGAGGAAGAACUGAUCGACACAUUUGGGUCUCUGACUAUCGAUCCCAAGGGGGAAACCAUUUGUUCAACGUCUAUAAGAUGGGAGGAUUUCCGUCAGAUGAUCCUGGAACCGGUAUAUUCGCCUCAAAACAUCGCCAAUGACCAACAAAUCGCAAUUCUCUUCAUCAGUCUUGCCCUUGCCAUUCUUGCAGAUCCAGAUAGACCUAUGUAUCACCCUGAUGCUCAGCGUUAUUAUCACUUGUCGAAAGCCUCCAUAUCACUAGGCGAGGUCGGUGAAGUUUGGUACCGAGAUAAUGAGCAAUGGGACAAGUACCCAGAGGAAGCGGACCGCCGCAGGCGAAUUUGGUGGGAAUUAUUGGAAACUGAAACUUCACAAGGAUUUGUCAUGGGCCGCCCGAGAUCGAUAUAUCCUGCGUCAGUCAUAUUCACGUCGAUCACCAACAGGCAAUACGACACAAGAAUGCCAAAAGACGACGAGGAUGAAGGCAAACCUCCUUCCUGUGAGACCUUAAGCCUUUGCGGCCAAACCUCCUCCUUAUGGCAAGAUCCUUCAGUAUGUUUUUCUGAACCCUUUCUUCUUUCUUUUAACCUGAGAAAGAAAGUUUGGAUAAAAAAUGCCGCGACUGGGAUGUGGGCAUUCCUCCCUUCGGAGAUCUACCAACAACCCAUCACCACGAU